AUGUACAAUGGUCGGACAGACCUUGUGGGACAUAUAAGCCACUUCAACCAGAAAAUGGCAGUACACUCCAAGAAUGAGGCCUUAAUGUGCAAGGUGUUACCAUCCAGUUUGGGGCUUAUGGCUAUGAGAUGGUUUGAUGGCCUAGGAGCAGGUUCUAUUAAUUCCUUUAAAGAACUCACUCAGGCGUUCGGAUCUUGUUUUGUUACGUGUAGCAGAGUUCCUUGGCCUUUAGACUCUUUGUUGUCCAUGACUAUGCGAGAGGGUAAGACCCUGAAGACAUACUCUGACAGGUACUGGGAGAUGUUUAAUGAGAUUGAUGGGAAUUUUGAUGACGUAGCUAUAAGGACUUUCAUGGUUGGCCUGCCCGCCGAGCAUGAUUUGAGGAAAUCCUUAACAAGAAAACCCAUUAGAAGUGUGUGUCAGCUCAUGGACCGUAUUGAUGAAUAUAAGAGGGUUAAGGAGGACCAACAGCAAGGUAAGGGGAAGGUUAAGGUUAUCCCUCAAGAUAGGAGGGAUUUCAGGUCAGACAGAUACAAUAAUAACCAGCCCCGAAGAGACUUUGCUGGGUAA